GUGAUUGAAUACACCGUGGGAGGUUAGAGCCAAUUGAAACAACUUAAACAAAUGACUUGUUUUUAACAACUGAAAUUAAUUUAACGGUUCAUCAAUUCGUUCAAUCGAUUAUUGACUGGUUAGAUUGCACAAAUUAUUAAUUAUUAAAGGCUGUUAUUAAAUCGGAAUUUCCGUCUUGCUGAGGUUCUUUGAAGUGAAAUGGAUGAACCAGUAAGAAAAAAUUUGUUACAUGUCGUCAAACGGAAUCUGCGGGCCGCUGGUCGGACACAAUUUAUGACGAGGCUAGUUUAUAUUGGCGAAUACAAGUGUUCCAGUGAAGUUUUGCGAAAGAAGAUGGACAGUGUGAUUUAUAAAUUAACCACAGAACAAAACAAUGUUAAUAUAACAGGAAUGUUGCUUAUGUAUCCCAACUGUUUCAUUUGUUUAGUGGAGACGUAUGAAGAAAUCAUAUUCAGGUACUUAAAAGAAGUAUUUGAAGACAAAGAAUUUGAAAUAAAUUUUGGAACAGUAAUUCAUCUUCCUGUAUAUUACCACGCUCAUCAAAGAUUUUUUACGGGAUGGUUUACGACGUUCACAAAACCACCAACACUUUUAGAUAAAUUGGAUGCUUCGGGAAUCGAUGAAUUACAAAAACAAAUGUCUAAUUGUGUGUCCAAAGUGUAUAACUUGUGCGAGUAUAUUGUUGAUACACGCGAAAGAAAUCAAGUGAAUACCGAAGAAAUUUUGAAUCGCGUCGGAGAGCUUGUUCCUCAGUACCUUCCUGAAAGUACCGUACUCGAAUUCUUACUCAAAUCUAAAGCUCCUGUGCUGACUGAUAUUCGAGAGUACUUAAAAUGCUACACCGCUGUUCCAUUCAUAUCUUUCUAUAAUGAUAAAAUUUGGCCAGCACCAGGUGAUUUAAUGCCUCGGGACGUAUUCAGCGUGCAAGCACCUCGUAAAAAUUAAAGGGCACCUGAACAGAGCCAGUGGCAGCAAUAAUGAAAUGUACAAAUGCUAUCAACAAUGUGGCCCUAUCUCGAUUGGCAGUCGCGAACGAUCCAAGAGAGCAGUCGCACGCGGCUUUCCGGAAAUGAAGGAAAAUCCCUCACGGUUCCAGUUUUCCCUUUCUCGCGCGUCCACUCUAUUGCGGGAAAUUUCCUGGAAGGCGUGAAAUCAAAGAAACAAGAUUUUCCGCCUAAGGGAAGAGAACGUCCACGUCGUUUCGUGAACGUCGAGACCGAGGAAAGCGAUCCGCAGACUUUGAUUAGCUCCCCAAAACCGCAAAAGACUGGAAUUUUCAAAACAACGUUAACGUUCGGAGAGGACCACUCGAAGACGGUUUGCUUUAUACACUGUACAGCCACAGAUAAUGCUUGGAAUAAAAUCUCGAAUGUCGCCUACCAAAAA